AGGCUCCUUUAUAGCAAGAAGCAGCCAGUCAAAUUCAGGUGAUUUUUAGACUUGGUGAUUUUUAGCUCUUGCUCCUUUUUUAUGUAGAGCGUGUUAUGUUUCCUAUAUUCAAUGAACUGUGGCUUAGCCGAAUGUCACCCCGAAUGCUGCCACUCCUGGCAGCUGUGCUUUUCCAGAAGAAAAAGAGGAAGGACACUGGACUGUAUCACUGGAGGCGUGAAAAGCACCCGUACUACAAUCUCACAGUAAAAAUCCUCCGAGCCAGAAAUAUCAAGGGUACAGAUCUGUUAUCCAAGGCAGACUGCUAUGUGGAACUGAAACUACCAGCUGCAUCUCCAGUCACUUCUCAGACUCAGGUUGUUGACAACUCCAGUGAUCCAGAGUGGAAUGAAACCUUCCAAUAUAGAAUCCACAGUGCUGUCAAGAACAUCCUGGAGUUGACCCUUUUUGACAAAGAUGUUCUGAUCAGCGAUGAGCUUACUUCUGUUGUCUUUGAUGUGGGAGGUAUAAAGCCAGGCCAGCCUUUAAAGCGUGUUUUCAAGCUAAACCCAGAGGAUAAUGAAGAGCUGGAUGUAGAGUUCUAUUUAGAAAAAUGCUCAGAUGCCCCUACUGAGAUCCUCACAAAUGGAGUCCUUGUGGCUCAUCCCUCCCUUUGUCUGAAAGGCACAAUCAACCAAGAUAAGUCAAAGCAGAAAGACCAGGGGAAUUGUCAGGUCAAGCUGUCUAUGCCUGGGGCAUAUGAGAAGCAGUUGUGCUUUCCCUUGAAACCUGAUGAUAAUCAAGAUUGUGGGAUACCAUUUGUUUUUCAUGUAGACAAAGAAAUGUGUCCAGACCUGGAGGUAGAGCUGGAACAAACCACAUCUUUCUUACAGGAUGGAAUGAGCCAUGACAUAGAAAAGCAGACCACAGUUUUGGGAUCAGGGGUUGUACCAGUUAAGUCACUUCCUGUUGGACAGAAAGUAGACAUGAUUGUUCCUCUUGGAGAGGGACAGUGUUUGGAUUUCAGCAUGACUUCUGAAGUGAGCCCUUGGGAUCUGGAUAUACGCCUUGGGUUUGACCUCUGUAAGCAAGAGAGAGAAUUUUUGGACAAGAGGAAGCAAGUAGUUGCUGAAGCAUUGAAGACGGCCCUUAACUUAAGGGAGACCCCUGGGAAAGAUGAGGUUCCUGUUGUAGCAGUUUUGGGAUCUGGGGGUGGGACCAGAGCACUGACAUCACUCUAUGGCAGCCUAUCAGGCCUUCAGCAGUUAGGCCUUCUGGACAGCACAACAUAUGUGUGUGGAAUUUCAGGCUCUACGUGGUGUUUGUCUACACUGUAUCAAGAUGCUGAUUGGUCCCAAAAGGAUCUUCAAGAUGCAAUCAUCAGAGCCCGGAAUAAUGUAUCAAAUAGCAAAGCUGGGGCAUUUUCUCCAGAACGACUGAAAUACUAUUUCCAGGAACUGAACUCAAUGGAGAAUGACAGACGCAAAGUCUCUUUCACAGACUUGUGGGGCCUUAUUGUAGAAUAUUUUCUGCAGCAGAAGGAAGACCCAUCAAAGUUGUCUGAUCAACAGAAAGCAGUGGAGUUGGCCCAGAAUCCUUAUCCUAUCUAUGCAGCUAUCAAUGUGAGACCCAAUAUUAGUGGUGAUGACUUUGCAGAAUGGUGUGAGUUCACUCCAUAUGAGGUUGGAUUCCGGAAGUACGGGGCCUUUGUCCACACAGAAGACUUUGACAGUGAGUUCUUCAUGGGCCAGCUAAUCCAGAAACGUCCAGAGCCCAGGAUUUGCUAUCUACAGGGAAUGUGGGGAAGUGCCUUUGCUGCAAGCCUAGAUGAUAUUUGUCUGAAAGUAGUUGGCAUGGGCCUUAGCUUUCUAGAGCCUCUAAAAGAUGUCAUCAAAGUCAUAGAUGACUGCCGAAGAUCCCAUUUUCGGGACCCAACACGGUUAAAGACUCGUCUAGUUAUACCAGGGGGACCCUUGCUACAAAUUUUUCAGGAUUUCUUCAAGUCCCGUUUCACCAGUGGUGAAACCUUCAACUUCAUGCAAGGGCUGUAUCUUCACAGGGAUUAUGUCAACAUCAAGAAGUUUGUGGCCUGGAAAGGCACUCAUCUGGACGCCUUCCCCAACCAGCUGACUCCCAUGGAAGACAGCCUGUAUUUGGUAGAUGGUGGCUUUUCUAUAAACUCUCCCUUCCCAUUGGUGCUCCAGUCAGAGCGUGAUGUAGAUGUUAUUGUCUCAUUCAACUAUUCUUGGGAAGCUCCAUUUGAGGUCUUAAAUUUGACUCAGAAAUACUGUGAAGAACGGGAAAUCCCCUUUCCAAAAAUCAUCUUGAGCAAGGAAGACGAAAAGAAGCCAAAGGAGUGUUAUAUGUUUAUGGAUGAUGAGGACCCAAAGGCUCCUAUAGUGCUUCACUUUCCAUUGGUGAAUGACACGUUCCAGAAAUACAAAGCACCAGGAAUAGAACGGGAGUCAGAAGAUGAGAGAUCCUUUGGUGACUUUGUCAUUGAGAAUAAAGAUUCUCCCUAUCGUACACUAAACUUUACCUUUGAGCCAUAUGAUUUUGAUAGGCUGGUAGGAGUGAACUGCUACAAUGUUCUGAAUAACAAGGACACACUCUUCAAAGCCCUCCAUUUGGCUCUGCACAGGAGGAAGUUAAAGAAGGGCAUCAGGACCUAAGAAUCUUCUUGGUGUGGGAUACAAGUGGACUGUGAUGCACCAAAGGCAUAUGGUUCAAACAGCAACACUGAGGCUGUGGCUGCUGCAAGCUACCUCCUCGAAUGGGAGAGGCACGCAUAGCACUGAAAACUUACUACAGAUAUGGUGGAAACCUUUCUCUUUCUCUCCCUCUCCUACUCUUCUGUGCCUUUACAGAGUUUGCAAAGCCCAAAGAGAUAACAGUAAUAGUUCUUUUUUACCAAAUGCAUGUUCAGAUUCACUUACCUAUGUGUGUUUUAGGGAGAAUGCAAUUUUUCUCUUGGUGUUUGCCACAACCACAGGUAUAAUGGUGUUCUAGAAACAUUUGUUCUUUUCAGUGACUCAUGUAAGAGUUGACAUUUGGAUGUCAGGUGUGAGAUGUUGAUAGAAUCCAAAUCAAACACUAUGGCAAGGUAUGGAGGAAGAAUUUGGUUUGCUAACAGAGUCCUAUAUUUUGAGGCCUAGAUAAAGUGGGCUUAUUAUUCUACAGCCUAAUUCAAGCAUCUAAGCCUAAAAGGUUUUUAUUUAUUUCUUUUUAAUAUCUGCUUCAUGUAAUGUUUUAAAGUGUUCAGUGUUUGGACUAUGAAACCUUUAAACAGGUUGGGUGGGUGAUGGGAACAGCUAUGGGCACUAAAAUGGCCCCACAGUAUGCCAACCUUUUUAUGAGCCACCUGGAAGAAGACUUCCUUAAGAACUGCACCAUCAAACCCUUGCUAUACUUAAGAUACAUUGAUGACAUCUUCAUCAUUUGGACUGAGAACCUGCAAUCUCUGAUUGAGUUCAACCAGAAAUUCAACAGUCACCAUCCCUCCAUCCGACUUUCUUUAGAAUACUCCAGCACCACCAUCUCCUUUUUAGACACAAUGAUCAGUAUCCAGAAGGGUAAAAUACAGACCACAGUAUACAAGAAACCCACAGACCAACAUACAUAUCUGCACAGAACCAGCAAUCACCCGAAACACACCAAAAAAGCUGUGAUAUACAGCCAAGCCCUCAGAUACCACUGCAUUUGCACCGAAGAGAACACCUGGGAUCGCCACCUCACCAAUCUUAAAAAGGCUUUCACCCAGCAAGGACACUCCUCCAGAGAGGUAGAUCGCACAUUUGAAAGAGCCACCUGGGUACCACGUGAAGAACUGCUGCAGUACAGAAGAAAACCCCCCACAAAUCGCACACCGCUGGUUAUGACCUAUCACCCCUCCCUUGAACCUGUACGGAAAAUCCUCAAAAAAUUGCAACCCAUAUUAGAAAGAGACCCUAUUCUUAAAAAGAUCUUCCCAGAGCCACCCGUCCUAGCCUUCAAACAAGCACCGAACCUCGCCAACCUCAUCACCAGAAGCAAACUUCCUCAAGCCCAGAACACACCAAAAGGAUCCAGACCGUGCCAGGACAAGAAAUGCAAAGCCUGCCCACACACCCCCACAAUUACUACACCCCACAAAAGAGCCAUCAGCAUCCCAGGAUCUUACAGCUGCACCUCCAGAAAUGUAAUAUACCUCAUCCAAUGCACCAAAUGCCCUGAAGGAAAAUAUGUAGGAGAGACCAAACAACAACUGCGCACCAGAAUGAACGCACACCGGAAAUCCAUCAAAGACAGAAACACCCAAUUACCGGUGGGGGCACAUUUCUCACAGGAGGGCCACUCUCUCUCCAAUCUCUCAGUCCUGAUCCUCAAGGGAAACUUACACAGCACUUCCCAGAGACGAGCCUAUGAGCUCCAUUUCAUCAACCUGCUGGAUACUAGAGAUCAUGGACUAAACAUAGACAUUGGAUUUUUGAUACAUUAUAAUAUGCUGGCAACUGACUCCCCAGCCCAGCCCCUGGCUUCUUUACUUUUCAUUCCAUCCAGGAAGAGCACACGCCAACUGCUGAAACUUCCUUAGCCUGACAAAGGGGUUUUGAACCUGAAAGCUUGCUUAAUAACUAUUCUCCAACCAUUUGAGUGGGUCUAAUAAAAGAUAUCAAAUUCACCCAAGGAACCUUGUCAGCAAACAGAGAGUGCUUUCCUAGGUGUUUCUAGAGCAGUUCCACUUAACAGUCCUCUAGCGUAGUUGGGGAAGGUGCUGGGAAUUUUCGGUAAAGAAUCCUUGACUCUGAAAAUUGCUUCCCUCCUGCCACUACAACCUGGUCCACAAGACCCUUUGAUUUUUGUCCAGGUUUUGUGAGAACUCAUCUACUUUCGCAGAACUUCUUAUGGAAGAUGAAGGGAAGGUGUUUGAAGGAGGUUGGAAUGUAGGCUGUUUUUUAAAGUUGCCUAGAUUUUUUUGAGGUAGUAUGUUUUUAAGAGAUUUAUAAGAUGAUUUUACUAAAGUGUUUGUGUUGGAGGAAGUCUGUGAUGCAUCUAGUUCUCAAGAUGUAGGCAACUUAUAAAUGUGAAGAAAUAAAAUGAAUGUGAGAUGCUGCU